AAAGCAAGUUAUUUAGACUUCUGGAGCAAGCAGUCAUAUGAUUAUAUUCUUUUUCAGGCAGCUAUUCCAAGUAGAAGGGGUUAAAAGUGUGUUUUUUGGCCCUGAUUUCGUAACAAUAAACAAGGAAAGUGAAGUGGAAUGGAACGUACUUACACCUAAAGUUUCAGCAGUCCUUGUAGAUUUCUUUGCCAGCAGUCUUCCGUUAAUAACAGAUGGACCACAAUCUGAUUCUGUUCCUUCAGAGGAAAGCGAGGAGGAUGAUGAAGUGGUUGCAAUGAUUAAGGAACUACUAGAUACAAGAAUAAGGCCUACUGUGCAGGAGGAUGGAGGAGAUGUCAUUUUUAAGGGUUUUGAAAAUGGUGUCGUAAAGCUGAAAUUGUCAGGUUCUUGCACUGGUUGCCCUAGUUCAGUUAUUACGUUGAAGAGUGGAAUCCAAAAUAUGCUACAGUUUUACAUUCCUGAAGUUGAUGAAGUAGUACAGGUCCAAGAUGAAAUAGAUGAAGCCAACAUUAAAGCAUUUGAAGAAUUAGAGAAAAAGCUAAAAGAUAUGUAAAUUCAUUACCUGAAGUUUUCAAGAUUGAAGACUGUGAAUUUAUCAAAAUUUCUCCUGUGAUGACAAUUAGAUUUGAUUGUGUCGCUGAGCCCCAAUCAUUGUUUUUAAGUGUAAUGCAUAUUAUAGGAAAUAUUGACAGUGUUGAAUUGGUUGCUUUUCUGUUUCUUUCUGUUGUUUCGCAUCUCCUUUUUUCUAACUUUUUUGCAGCUCAUCUAACAUCUGAGUGGAAGAAGAUAGGCAAAUUCCACUCCUGUACCAGCUUGUGAGAUCAAUGCUGUUCCCUGGUUGCACCUUGAUAUAUUUUGUUAUGAAGGGAACAAAGCAUUGUAAUAUAUUUUUCCCCCAAAUCUUCUGUGAGAUGAGGUGGUGUUAGCCCUGAUCUGUUUUGGGUCAUUCACGUGCAUCAUGACUAAUCUUUGGAUCCAGUGCUGUUCAGUGUUUGAUAGCAUAUGCACCAAAGUCACAGCGAUAUGAGCUGAAUAUUCGGAUAAUUAUUUGACCACUCAGUUCCAUGCUCUGGAAUUUGUUAUUAUCCUUAUGCACUGUCUACAGAAUAUUUGACAUUUUCCUUGUUAGCCCCUGAACCCAACAUAGCAAAGAAGUCUGAACUACAAAGCUCAAAAUAUUGUGGUUACCUGUCAGCAUGGUACACCAGUAUUUUGGGGAAUAAGACAUUGGCUUCCCCAUCAAAAAGAAAAUAUGUUAAGCACCAUGUAAAAUGAGGGAGCAAGUGCCAUGGAAGGAAGACAUAUAAAAUGUAGUCCUACUGGCAUUGUGUACAUGUAAAGUAAAUACAAUACUUAUUUUUUGAUGUAUGGAAAAUUUAUUUCUAUAAAAGGCUGAAGGGCAAGAAUGUUUAAUGUAAAUAAGUUAAAGAAAAUUAGCAAUUUGCAGUGUUUAAUAAAAUUAAUUUUUGGACACUAAGCUCUUUACACUUAAAUGUCUGCUGUACAUUUUUGGCUGUACACUAAAAAUGUGCAGAAGGAGUAAACCAUUAAGUAUAUUUGUUACAGUCCAACUAAUAGUUUACAUUUAAAAUUAUUCUGCUUUUAUUACAAAGAAACCUUCUGGCUAAAUUUCCUUUUAAUCGAUUUGUGUUUAGUGUUUUUCUUUUCAGUUUAGUUCAACAAACUCCAUCUUGCUGUUACAUAUUUUUCUAGGUUAUAAGUACAGCUUUUUCAGGAUAGAACUUAAUAGCGCAACAGCCUGUGAAAAGUAAAUCCAGUUUGACAGGUUUGGCGGUGCUUCAAAACAAUUAUUUUAACUUCAUUGAAUUGAAAUUAAAGAUCACUUGAACUGGAGCAAAUGUUCAAUGCUGAUAGCAGUGUUGAAAUUUUAAAGUCUUCACAAUGCUGAAACUACUAUUGACUGUGCAAUACCUUGUUUUCUUACAUUGUAAGUAGUGGCAAAGCUUGGAAGUAAAAGUUGUAAAAAAAAAAGUAUAUUGUUAAAGUUGAAAUAAAUGAGUUGCAGCUACAA